GACGACGACGACGACGAGCGGAAGUGCGACGACCGUGGAGAUGGCCAGCGCCGACGAGAGCGAAAGCGACCAGGCGACGCUCAUCACCAAGAGCGUCAACGACGAGACCGUCGACGUCAACGAGGAAGUGGAAGCGAUCGGCUGCGGCUACUUCCACAAGCGCAUGGUCGUGAUCCUCGGGCUUGGCAACGCGGCUGACGCGGUCGAGAUCCUCGCGAUCGGGUAUAUCUUGGCCGUGUACGACAGCCCGAUCACGCCAUGGGAGUCCAGCUGCUUGACGGCGGCCGUGUUUGCAGGGAUGCUCGUCGGCGGCUUCAUCGGCGGCGUCCUGGGCGAUGCGUACGGUCGGCGACCCGUCGUGCUCGCCAACCUCGCGAUCAACGCCAUCGCCGGGUUUGGCUCGGCCCUCGCGCCCACGAUAUCGUGGCUUAUCGUCUGUCGGACAUUUGCCGGCAUCGGCGUGGGUGGCAUUGUCUCGUGCCUCUUUGCGCUGUGCAUCGAGCACCUCCCGCCGGCUGCGCAAGGCCGGUACAUUACAGUGCUCUGCUGCUUUUGGAUGCUUGGCUCGAUCGUGACGGCCGGCGCGGCGUGGACGAUGCUCGGCAAGACGCUGGACGGCGACAAGAUCCUGCCGACCACGUGGCGCCACUUUGCAGCGUUCGCGGGCCUCCCCGCGGCCCUCUCGUUCGUGCUUACAUACUGGUUUGUGCCCGAGAGCCCGCGCUUCUUGAUCUCCAAGGGCAAGCACGACGAGGCCACGCGCGUUCUCCACAGCAUCCUCGCCCUCCACGGCGAGUCGCGCCGGCCGCGCCUCGAACCGCUCGACCACAUCAAGUUUCAGGCCGAGUCGAGCGGCAGCAGCGUCGCACAGCGCUUCAGCGCGCUCUGGGCCACGUACUCGCUCCGGCGCAUCUCGCUCCUCCUCUUUGUCGUCGCGUUCGCCAUGAGCUUCGGCUCGUAUGGUAUCUCGACGUGGAUCACGUCGCUCUUCAAGUCGAUUGGGCUCGCCAACCCGUACGCCAACGCGUUCUUGUACGCUGGCGCCAACCUUCCGGGCAACCUCUUCAGCUUUGCCAUGGUCGAUUCCUGGGGCAGCGGGCGACUGCUCGCGCUCUCCCUCCUGCUCUCGGCGGCGGCGGCGCUGCUCUUUGCUCUCGACACGUCCCACGCGCCUGGCUACGUGGUGUUUUGCGCCUGCCUCUUUAACGCGUGCAUGACGUCGUCGUGGAAUGCUUUUGGCGUACUCUCGGCGCACGCCUUUCCGCUGCCCGUGCGCGUCACGGGCAUGUCGCUCGUGAGCUGCGUCGGCCGCGUCGGUGCCAUCACGGCCCAGUUUGUCAACGGGUUUCUCAUGGCGCCGCCACCCAACCUCGCGCUUCUGCUCGGCACGACGUCGACGAUUCUCUGUGUUGGCGCCGUCGCGGUGACGUACGUCACCAAGUACCUCCCGCUCUCGGGCCCUGGACGCCACGGUCCACCCGUCCACCACUAGCAUCGACACUACCCAAAUUCAUUCUUCGUGCAAACAA